AUGGAGGGACCCAACCUCACAGCAGUGACCGAGUUCAUCCUGCUGGGCAUCACAAAUCUCCCUGAGCUGCAGGCUCCACUGUUCCUCCUGUUCCUCAUCAUCUACCUGACCUCGCUGCUGGGUAACCUGGGCAUGAUCAUCCUCACCCAGGUGGACCCCAGGCUGCAAACUCCCAUGUACUUUUUCCUCAGACACCUGGCUCUCACUGAUCUUGGCUAUUCCACAGCCGUGGGACCCAAAAUGUUGGUAAAUUUUGUGGUGGAUCAAAAUACAAUCUCCUAUUAUGGUUGCGCUACACAGCUGACUGUCUUAGUUGCUCUUGUGGGUAGUGAAUUUUUUAUUCUGUCUGCAAUGUCCUAUGACCGCUAUGUGGCCAUCUGUAACCCUCUGCUUUACACUGUCAUCAUGUCACCAAGGAUAUGUUGGAUGCUAGUAACAAUUUCCUAUCUCUACUGCACAUUUGUGUCCCUUCUGUUAACCAUAAAGAUUUUCACUUUACCAUUCUGUGACAACAAGGUCAUCAGGCAUUUCUACUGUGACAGUCUGCCCUUGAUGUCCUUGGCCUGCUCAAACACGUAUGAUACUGAGAUUAUAAUUCUGAUCUUCUCAUCAUUUGAUUUUAUUUUUUCUCUUCUGAUAAUACUUGUUUCCUACUUGCUGAUUUUCAUAAUCAUACUCAGAAUGAACUCUGUUGAGGGAAGGUACAAGGCUUUCUCUACCUGUGGGUCCCAUCUGACUGUGGUCACAGUGCUCUAUGCUACUAUGAUGUUUAUGUAUAUGCAGCCCAAGUCUAGCCAUUCCAUUGACAGUGAUAAAGUGGCUUCUAUAUUUUAUACUCUGAUUAUUCCAAUGUUGAAUCCAUUGAUCUACAGCUUGAGGAACAACGAUGUAAAAUAUGUUCUUCAAAGGACAUGGAAAAAGGUGUGCACUGUUUUUUCUUAA